AUGGCUCGUCUUGCGAUCUUCAUUCGGCUGGCCGCGCUAUUCAGCGCUGUAACUGUCGCAGCUGAGGAUGGCUGUUCUGCGUACUCUAUCGAUGGCCCUCACAAUGCAACUUUCGACUUUUACCGCUUCUAUGACUUUCGCAGUGCCCCUGCCACUGAUGAAAUUCUCACGGGAGAUCCAGCAGCCGAGAACAGGGAGCAGCCUGAUAUCUUAGCAGCCAGCAGACUGAUCAGCAACUCCUCGUGGAGGGAUGAUUGGAAAGUGACUGUGAAGUACCAAGGCCAGCCGAAUGAGAAGGCGCUGGCACGUCACUACGUGGCAGAUCACGUCUUUCUGGACAAACCUGGAGAUGAUACUCAGCUUGUGUUGUACACGGACCGGCUGAGGAACGAGACUCAACAAGCUGGAGAGGUCUAUUUCAGCGAGUCCCUUGUGGAUUCAAUCUCGCUCCGGGUAUAUGCACGCAUUUCCGGGAGUCCCGGAGCCGUCGCUGGGUUCUUUACUUACUACAACGACACGCAAGAGACAGACAUCGAGGUCCUUACCAAAGAAGAAGAUGACAGGGUACAAUUCUCCAAUCAGCCUACCGAGAACCAAACCACGUGGACCACAAUCCCCGGCUCAACUCACAACGAAACAAGAUCAGGAUCAUACCGAGACUGGACCGUGUAUCGUCUGGACUGGCUGCGCGAGCAGGGUUUGACUGCAUGGUACGUUGAUGGGGAACUCAUGAAGACUUCUAAGAUGAACGUACCCGUUACACCGUCGACGGUCUACAUCAAUAUGUGGAGCAACGGUGGGAGCUUUUCCGGCCGAAUGGACUAUAACACUAACGCCACGUUGGAGAUUGGGUGGAUCCAGAUGGCCUUUAAUGCAUCCGGUGUUGAAGCCGAGACGGACCGAGAAAAUGGCUCUAGAUCGGUUUGUUCAAUUGAGGAUGGGAAAGCAGAGCCUACGUCAUCUGGAGUGAAGAUGGGAGUUGGAUCUUGGCUGUGGACUUUGUCUUUGGUAGUUUUUGUUAGCAUUCUAUAG